CAAAACCCUAUUAAUAACAAGCCUAGCCCACUGCUUUCUCCCAUGCACUACUUGUCCUCUUCAACUCCCAAUACCCACUAGUUCCCUAUAGACUCAUCACAUUCUCCAUCUCAACCCUCCUUAAUUCUCAUUCCUCACCCUCCUCCUCCUCCUCAACUAAUUUUAUAAUAAUUAAAAAACCAACAAACAUGUACACUUUCUUAAUUUAAUUAAUUUCUACUCUCUUUUUAUCCUACCUUUCUAGUUACCUCUUCAAUUCCCUCUUAAAUAUUCCCUCUGCUUUGCUUCCAUACUCAUACUCAUAUCCCUCUCACUCUCUUUUUGAGAUAAGUUUGUUUAGUUUCAUUUUCUGUGAUUCUCCUCUGACAACCCCCAUUUCCUGCUUCUUGGCCCUCCUUUCCCUCAGACCCUUGCUCUCUCAUCACUCACUCACUACUACUACAACAACAACAACAACAACACACUCUCUUUCUUCUCUCAUUUUUAAUUCUCUUCAAUUCCUGAAGCUAAUUAAGAGGUAGUAGCUCGCAACAGCAAAUAUUUCUGACAUAAACAUCAUCACAAAAGGGUAGCUGCUAGUGGUUAAAUUGUUCUCACAUUAAUUGACAAUGUCUAGCAGAAGAUCUCGUUCUAGACAAUCCGGUGCUUCCGCUGAGAUCACAGAUGCUCAAAUCACCGAUCUCGUUUCGAAGUUACAACAACUUAUCCCUGAGCUUCGUGCUAGGCGCUCCGACAAGGUUUCAUCUGCUAAGGUAUUGCAGGAGACAUGCAACUACAUAAAGAACUUGCACAGAGAGGUUGAUGAUCUAAGUGACCGAUUAUCGGAGCUUUUGGCUAACACAGACUCCAACAGUGCUCAAGCAGCCAUUAUUAGGAGCUUACUUAUGUAAUAGUCUGGUCUAGUGCAUUUAUUUGUGUCGUGUGCAUGUCCAUGUCUCUCUCACUUUUUUUUUAUCACUCUGGGUAGGGUUUGGUUUGUACUUUGUAGACCAAGGCAAAGGACUACCAUCGUAUCCAUAUGUGAAUUAGUUCUUAAUUAGUUUUAAUUAUUAUGUGGCACUUUGUAGUAAUUAAUUAUCACCAGCUUCUACGGCUGUAAAUAAAAUGGACUACAUCUUGAUGUGUUCUAAUUAUUA